UGCCUUCUCUGAGGGACCAUCGCAGCAGUAGUGCCUUUUCUGUAGUAUUUCUGGAUCGGAUUCCGUCGAGUUUGUCACCCCAGCGCGCGUAGCUUGUGCCUUCAAGCCAAUGCCUCAGGGUUUCGUAGGCUUUGAGUAGCGAGUGGUGAUGAGAUAACCCCGCCUAACUCUCAGCGUCUAUCAGCGCUUAUGCGUCUUAUGUAGUAGAACUAGCUGCUCCUCGGUUCGUAGCACCCUUGUGGAUAUAGUUAGCCGUCGCGCUCGCUCACUUUCACUUUAGUUCACCCUAAAUAUUAGACCCUAAGUUACCCCCAAAGCACCCGUUUUCGCCAGCCAGUCAGCCCCUCUCCCCUUCUCCCUUCCGCCGACUCUCUUCUCGCCGACUCCCGGUCGUCGCGUCGCUGUGUCCGCGACUUCCCGGCUGACUCAGCUAAAAACCGAGACCCGCCGACUUUCCCAUUCCCAGCCGGCAGCCAUGUCGAUUCUCGAUCAGCACAACGUGCGUCUGAUAGGCUCCGGCGCUCAGCUGGUCGUGCUGGGGCACGGGUUCGGCACGGACCAAUCCGUGUGGCAGCACGUGGUGCCGCACCUGCUGGACGACUACCGCCUGCUGCUCUUCGACCUCAUGGGGGCGGGGUCCACCAACCCGGACAACUUCUCCUUCGCGCGCUACUCCACGCUGCACGCGUAUGCGGACGAUCUGCUCGCGAUUCUGGACGAGUUGGACGUGCAGGAGUGCUGCUAUGUGGGGCACAGCGUGUCCGGGAUGAUCGGGUGCAUUGCGGCGAUCGAACGGCCCGAUGUGUUCAAGAAGAUCGUGCUCCUCGGCGCGUCGCCCAGGUACCUGAACGACGGCGACUACUUCGGCGGGUUCGAUCAGGAGGACCUGAACCAGCUGUUCCUCGCCAUGCAGAGCAACUUCCGCGCGUGGGUGUCGGGCUUCGCGCCGCUGUGCGUGGGGUCCGACAUCGACGCGCCCGCCGUGCAGGAGUUCAGCCGCACCUUCUUCUGCAUCCGCCCCGACAUCGCGCUCUCGGUGGCCAAGACGAUUUUCCAGUCCGACAUGCGAGCCAUUCUGCCGCAGGUGCGUGUGCCGUGCCACAUUCUGCAGUCCAGCAAGGACCUGGCAGUGCCUGUAAUGGUAUCAGAGUACAUGCACCUGCACCUGGGGGGAAAGAGCGUCGUUGAAAUCUUCCCCACGCACGGCCACUUGCCGCAGCUCUCCACCCCUGAGAUCGUCAUUCCCGCGCUUAAACGGCACUUAAGAGGGAACCUUUAAGUGCUGCCCUGAGUGGGAAAGGAAAGGGAUAGAAAGCUGCCUCCUCCAAGGCCCCUGUAGACGUGAUAGGGAGCUGCUAGUGGUGGCUCAGUUGAAAAUGUUUUUUUUUUGUUCUCUUGUUUUCUUGUUUUUCCCGUUGCUCCCCUCCUUGGUCUUCUCCCCCCUUUCAUCACCCUCCCUUGGUUUGCCAAAAAUCAUGACCCCAACCCAAAGUGUGCAAUGCAAUGGUAAGAGACAAAAGAUUGCUAUGCAGAUACAAGGGAGGCAAUGAUUGAAGGUAUGAUUGUCAACAAAUCAUUGUAUAUGUAAUAGGUCAGAUAGGUGCAUGCUCAUAGAGAACACCUUAGGUUAUAUCCCCUUGUAUCCCCUAAUCAUUCUCAAUUCAU